UCUUUAUUCAAUAGGUCGUUCCCGCCCUUUUUCACUUCCCCCUUCAUCUUCUUGUUUAUCCCUUGCUGUGUAACACAGAUUUUCUGCUUGUAAUCAUCAAAACCAGCACCAACAAAACAAAGCCAGCAAGUACUUGCACCAGAGGAGGCAACGUAAUAGCACCUUCUUUCUUGCUAGUUUCCCCCACAAAAAAAGGUUGCGUCUUUUGAACCUCUUAUGGCAUUUCAAACCAAAACCGAACCUGAUUCCUUGUCUAGGGUCAUUCCUACCACCAAUAAAAAAGAAUACUGUGAAAUGAGCAUAUCCCAGCUAGUUUCUGUGCUGCGUAUUGCGUUUAAAAUUGAGGAUUUUGAUAAAAUUGAGCAAGAGUUGGUAAAGAGGGAAGCAAAACUUAGGGCGGAAAUUGGACGACUCCAGGAGAAGAUUGAGCUGGAGAGGCUCCAAGGAAUUGAAUGCGAAGAAAGACUGAAAAUCAGAGAGGAGCAAUGUGAAAGAGGGAAGAGAGCCCAGGAGGAUUAUGAGCAGUUGUUGAAGGAAGUGAAAACAAAUGGCUGGAUUGAAAAACAUGCUAUUGAGGAGUUAAGGAGAAAGAACGUUGCUUUAGAACGUGAAGUGUGUGAGCUGAAGGAGUUCAAGAAAAUAAUGCUAGAUGAUGUCAACUCUGUGGAUGAACUAAGGGACAAGAUCCGUGUGUUGAAAGAGGAGAAGGUUGGGGACAAGAAUGCUCUUGAUGUCCUUAACAUGAAGAACAUUGAAGUGAAGGAAGAAGUUAAGAAGAAUUUGACUGUCAUAGAAGGGUUGAGGAAUGAAAAUGCUAAACUGACAUACGAGAAGGUCGGGAACAAAAAUGCUCUUGAUGUCCUUAACAUGAAGAACAUUGAAUUGGUGGAAGCAGUUAAGAAGAAUUUGACUGUUAUAGAGGGGUUGAGGAAUGAAAAUGCUAAACUGACAGACGAGAAACACGAACUUAAGACAUUUAUUGAAUCUUUGGAGAGGAGGUAUAGUAAACUGCCCGUCAGUUAUGUGAAGGUGGAAGACAGUACUCAUUGCUCUGUUGAUACUGGCAAUGCUCAGUCUCCCAAAAAAGGGAACAAGGAGGAUGCUGUAGGUGCAUUAGAACAAAAGAAAGAUCAGACAGAAGCAUGCAAAGAAGGGGUAAAAUUUAAAUUGGAAAAGGAGAUCGUGGACCUAGGUGAUGAUGAUAAUGAUGCUAGGUAUACAUCACAAGGAUUGCGUGGAGAGCAAACUAUUUCUCGAAAAAUUGCAGAAAAUGAACAUUUACAAAGGGUUGAAAUGAUCAAAAGACAACGAGCUUCUGAUAUUCAGGCUUCUACUUCCACAUUUACAUCCUCUGCUGAUUUAUUUGAAAAAGAAAAUCUCCCUGUAAAGGAAAUAAUGUCAAGAGAGGGUCCUUCUCGCAUUGAUAAAGGAAAGGUUGUAAAAAAGCCUAGGAGGCAGGCCCGAUACAUUAUAAAGGUUCCUCAAAUGCUACCAUUCCCAGUUGCCACUACUCUAGCUGAUGUUGGGUCAUCACGUCCAACAUGCCCUAUUAUAGGGCCCACACCAGAUCCUCAUGUGGAUUCGACACCAUCUAUUGAUCACACUUCUUCUAUACCUAUGCUAUCUUCAGUUCCAUCUCUAGAUAUACACCAUCCAUCUGAUGAUCUUACUGAUGGAGUUGAUCCUGCUCCUCAUGAUCAACUGACCAUUAAACCUUAUGGUCGAGGGUUUCUUCCUUCUAGAGUUGCUUCACAAGCCAUCACCAGAUCUAUUAAGCAACAAUUUCUUCAGCCUUGGCCAUCAUGGGGAGCAAUCCCUAUAGAAGAUAGGGAACAUUUCUGGCAGAUAUUUAAGCAAAAGGUAAAGUGGAGAGCUGAGCAUGAAGCUGAAAUUAAGAAAAAUUUCCAUAGCAAAGCAUCUCACAGGCUAUCAGAAAUGUUUAGAGAUGCACGAAUUACAGGAGAACGCCCUUAUUGGGUGGAGGAGCACAUAUGGAACUCAUUGUUGGCACAUUGGAAUUUGCCAGACUACCGCAAUAAAUGUGCUAUCGCCCAAAGAAAUAGGGCUUCAGAAAAGGGUGGUGUACUGUAUACAGGUGGUUCAAUCACCACACAUGAGCAUGCCAUUCGUAUGGCAGUUGAGCUUGGACGGGCUGUCCACGUUGAUGAGGUGUUUAAACAAACUCAUCUUCGAAAAGACACUGGCGCAUAUGUUGAUGAGAGGUCUCGAAGGACUAUUGAAGAUUUCUAUGUUAGACUCUCACAGGUCAGAUCAAAGAUGGGAUCUACUCCUGCGGAUGCUGCAUCACAAGUAAAUGCUGAUGACGAUGACAUUAUAAGAAGACAAUGUUGGGUUGACGUCGUCGGUGGAAAGAGGAAAGGACGACUAUAUGGGGCAUGACAACUUGCUAUUAAUUAUAGUGCUAGAAAAGACAUAUUGAAGCACUAACCAUUUGCAUCCAACACUUCUGAUAAGAGCGUUGUUGUCCUCAAACAACAACUACAAGCUCGUGACCAAACUUAUGAUGUACUCCUUCAAAGAUUUGAGAAUCUCGAAAAUCUGGUCAUGACAUUGUCACCUCAACAAGGACAGAAUUAGUCCACCCCAUCAUCGUCCUAGAAGCAACACCCACUAAUGUAGCCCACCACAAUGCAAUUAUCUUCCUAGCAAGAACCGCCUCUCUAGCAACAGUCUUAAUAGAAUGAAGAAGAACAUGAUUCAAAUGACUAUAAUGAUUAUUAUGACUUUUUGUACUUCUUUUACAAACAUUUAUGCAUGUUUUUACUUUAA